AACAUAGUGGACUUGAAGGGAGCUUACGAGGACAGACACUCGGUGAAUCUAGUGAUGGAGCUGUGUGAAGGAGGAGAACUGUUCGAUAGGAUCAUAGCUAAAGGUCAUUACUCAGAGAGAGCCGCUGCAGGUUUGUGCAGGCAGAUGGUGAUGGUUGUGCAUAGUUGCCACUCUAUGGGUGUAAUGCGCCGAGACUUGAAGCCCGAGAACUUUCUCUUCCUGAGUAAAGAUGAGAACUCCGCAUUGAAAGCUACAGACAACAGUCAUGCCUUCCUUUUAGUAUUCCUCAAGCAUUUGACCAUAAACUGGGGAGCACUGUUAGGAUGGGCUGCAGUGAAAGGAAGCUUGGAGCCAGCAGUUGUUUAUGAUACUAUUUAUGCUCUCAUCAGGACCUUUAGGUGUGGUGGUGCAAUGAGGAAGGAACCCAAACCACAGGAGUACUUGGAGGAGAAACGUAACCUGCAAGAUUUGUGGAAGGCUGCAUAUCCUGUCGGAACUGAGUGGAAACUGUUGGAUGGCGUCUAUGAACACAGUUGGGAUUUCAAACAUGUCGAGGAAGCACUGGAGGAAGGAGGGAUGCUGUACGGAAAGAGAGUGUAUGUUUUUGUCAUUACAGAACCUCACCUUCUCGACUGCAGAGAUGUCAGCAAGGUUGUCCUUGUCCCGGUAGUGAUUGCUGUUGAUUCACCCUUCCCGCCUUCUGACAAGAUAGGAAUCACAUCGGUUCAGAAAGCAGCUCAGGAAAUCGUUCCGAUGAAGCAGAUGAAGAUGGACUGGGUUCCUUACAUUCCUUUUGAAGAAAGAGACAGACAAGUCGAGAGGAUCGAGUCUCAGAUCUUUAUCCUGGCCUGCACGCAGAGGAGAGCUGCUCUCAGACAUCUGGAGGAAGCGCGUGUUAGUCUCGAAACACUUGCUAAGGACGUGAUGGACGAAGAAGGGUUAUCUGCGGAACGAAAGGAUGAAUUCAAAGAAUUUGUCAAAGAGCAGGUUCGAGCAGCAAAGAGAGCCCAGAGACAGGCAAGAGCUCGUCGAGUGGAAGUAAUACAAGAAAUGAGCCAAGAAUACAGACAAGCCUUUCAAAGCAUCAGGUUUUACAAAUUCUACCCUCAGCCUCCACCAGACGUCUCAGGACUCGUCAAGUUGCCCCUCAUUAACCGUUACUACGGGAAUGCUCAUCAUGUCUUUUGA